UCUAACCACACAGACGUCGCCAUGGAUGUCUUUCAGAUGCGAAGCAUGAACGAUUCAGUAAUGUCCCAGUUUAAUUUGCUGAACAGCAGCAUGGAUCAGAACACUGACAGCAGAGCCGCCUCCUCAAGCCCUUAUAGCUCGGAGCACGCCUCCAAUGUCCCAACGCUCUCACCUUACUCCCAGCCCAGCUCCACCUUCGACACCAUGUCCCCCGCUCCUGUCAUCCCUUCUAACACUGAUUAUCCGGGGCCACAUCACUUUGAAGUGACCUUCCAGCAAUCAAGCACCGCAAAAUCCGCCACCUGGACAUAUUCCCCACUGCUGAAGAAGCUCUACUGUCAAAUUGCGAAGACAUGCCCAAUUCAGAUCAAAGUCUCGACACCUCCUCCUCCAGGCACCAUCAUCCGGGCCAUGCCUGUCUACAAGAAGGCAGAGCACGUGACGGAAGUGGUGAAGCGGUGCCCGAACCAUGAGCUGGGACGCGACUUCAACGAUGGCCUCUCAGCUCCUGCCAGCCACCUAAUCCGUGUGGAAGGCAACAACCUCUCUCAGUAUGUGGAUGACCCUGUAACGGGAAGGCAGAGUGUGAUGGUUCCUUAUGAGCCCCCCCAGGUGGGAACUGAAUUCACCACCAUCCUCUACAACUUCAUGUGCAACAGCAGCUGCGUGGGAGGGAUGAAUAGGCGGCCCAUCCUCAUCAUUAUCACUCUGGAGACCAGAGAUGGGCAGGUCUUGGGGCGGAGGUCAUUUGAAGGCCGGAUCUGCGCUUGCCCUGGCAGAGACCGGAAAGCGGACGAGGACCAUUACCGAGAGCAACAAGCCCUGAAUGAAAGCGCUGUGAAGAAUGGCAACCCCAACAAGCGGACUUUCAAGCAGAGUCCUCAAGGUAUUCCUGCACUAGCAGCUGGAAUUAAGAAACGGAGGCAUGGGGAAGAGGAGACAUAUUACGUGCCUGUUCGUGGCCGAGAGAACUUCGAGAUACUGAUGAAGAUCAAGGAAAGCCUAGAGCUGGUCGAACUGGUCCCCCAGCAGUUGGUUGACUCUUAUCGUCAGCAACAGCAGCAGCUCCUGCAGCGCCAGACUCACCUUCAGCCUCCUUCUUCGUAUGGCCCAGUACUAUCGCCGAUGAGCAAGCUCCACCCAGGAGGGAUCAACAAACUGCCAUCCGUGAAUCAGCUUGUCGGGCAGCCUCCACAGCAUGGCCCUGGCACUGGGCCAAACCUCGGGCCCAUGGGGCCAGGAAUGCUGAACAGCCACACCAUGCAGUCCAACGGAGAAAUGAAUGGCGGUCACUCCUCACAGGCGAUGGUCUCGGGGUCGCAUUGCACUCCCCCUCCACCCUACAACCCAGACCCAAGCCUUGUCAGUUUUUUAACAGGUUUGGGGUGCUCAAACUGCAUUGACUAUUUCACUUCACAAGGGUUACAGACUCUUUAUCACCUGCAGAACUUAACCCUGGAGGAUCUUGGAGCACUGAAGAUCCCAGAGCAGUACCGUAUGAUCAUCUGGAGGGGUCUCCAGGAACUGAAACAGACUCAUGAUUAUGGAGCUCAGCAGCUCAUCCGCUCCAGCAGCAAUGCCUCUACCAUUUCCAUUGGGACAUCUGGUGAGCUGCAACGACAACGUGUCAUGGAAGCCGUGCACUUCCGUGUGCGCCACACCAUCACUAUCCCGAACCGCAGUGGGGCUGAUGAGUGGGCAGACUUUGGCUUUGACCUACCAGACUGUAAGUCCCGCAAACAGUCCAUCAAAGAGGAGUUCACAGAGGGAGAAAUCAACUGAGUGCGACCAUAGGAGCAGGCAGCCAAUGAACUAAGAGGGAAACUAUCAGGAACUGAAAGGUAUUUGGCAUGAAAGCCAGGAAGAAAUGAGCCCUUGGGUAGCCACCAAAAGUAUUUUUCAGUGCUGGUGGCGGAAAAUUACAGUUGUGCAGUGGAACUUUGAGCACAGUGCAUUCCUACAUACCUUUCUAAGAAGAAUGGUAUUUAUUAUUGCCAUGCCAGGGAAUUCAAAAGAAGAAACAGGCUGUAGUUAUUUGCGGGUUGUAUCCAGCAGCAGAACAUGGAUUGGUUAAAACCUACUGGUAUGUUGCAGGUGUAACACACCUGUGUCA